UGACAGGGCGGUGCGUGGCGCCGGGGCACAGAGCACCGAGGGACGGAAGGGGCGGCCGUGGGCGCGGAGGGGGGAUCCUGUGGACCGCCCGCCGUCCGGCAGGGGGUAGCGAGGGGGGGGCGAGCGCGGCGGUGACGCGCGGCCGUCACGUGACCCCGAGCUGCAGAGGGACGCAGCCUCGGGUGCAGUCGUCACUCGCGUCUGGCUACCAGCUCCCCGCUGCCCUGCGCUCGGCGGGCUGGCAUCGGGCCCGGGCAGAGCGGAGCAGUGCAAGAGGCGCGCCACGGUGGCGUUUGCAGAGAAAAUGGUGGGCCUGAUCUGUUGGACAAUAGUUCGGGGUGGCACUGCUUGUGGCUGAGGCGAGGGACGAAGGGGAGGAGAAAGCCGCACAGGAUCCCUGGAGGUCUUCCAUAGGCCUACAGCAGGGUUGGUUACUCCUGGAAGCAAUGGAAAAGGGGGGAGAGUGCCCUGGAACCGUGGAGGCUGGUGUGAAGAUCUGCCUGCACGUCUGCUGUAGUGCGUGAGGUCAUCAGAGGCAAAGAACCAAGGAGGACAUUGCCCCUGAUCAGUGUAGACUGGUCCACAGAUCUCAUGAGUUUAUGUAUCUACUUUAGAGUAUAUCACCAAGCAAGAGAAGGAAAGAGGAGGAAUCAUUGGAUCAUUAAAGGUCUACCUCCAGUGGCAGCUGUGGUGGCCUUUGAGUGACUGAAGACCAGCACCCUCACAGGCCUACACCCAGACCUGCCACCCUCUUUCCCCAGUCCGAGUGAGCCCCUCUGUACCUUGGUGUCUUCAGCAGGGGUGAUUACAUGGGCCGUGUUCAGGAAGUGGGCUGGGUGACUGCAGGACUGGUGAUCUGGGCUGGCACCUGCUACUACAUUUACAAAUUAACCAAGGGAAGAGCCCAGAGUGUCAGGAGACUUGACCGAAAUGGGUCUCGAGUCAAGACAGAGACCGUGGUCGGGGUACAGAACCAGACCUUGGCCGUGUGUGAAGCCAUGGCUGGGACAGAGAUUGAGGCUAGACCGAAAGCCGAGACCGGAGCAGAAACUGGAGCAGGAGGUGGAUCUGGGACUGAAGUAGACACCAAGGCCACUGAUAUACCAGGUCCCAAAGUCAACACUCAGGCCAAAGCAAUGACUGGGGCAGAGGCAGAGACUCAAUGUGAGGCCGAAGUAGCGGCUGGAACACUGGUUCUGACAGAGGCAGAGACUCUGACCGAAGCCAAGGAGAAAGCCAGGGAAGUGGCCGUGAAAGAGGCAGUGACCCAAACGGAUACUGAGGCUGGGAGAGUAGUCAGGAAAGAGGCAGUGACUCAGACCAAGGCUAAGGCUUUGGCACUGGCUGCCAAGGCAGAGGCCAAGAAAGAAGCAAUAAUGCAGACCAAAGCUGAAAUGUGUACGUUGGCUGAAAAGGAGACAGAUACUAACAGAGUAAUGAUGACACAGAAUGAGGCCUUGGCGGUGAGCAGGGAAUUGGCCAAGAUGGGAGCCAUGAACAAGACUGGAAUCGUGGCUGAGACCAAGGCAACAGCCCUAGAAGAGACUGUGGGUGUGGCGAAGACUCAGUCUGAGGCCAGGUCUGGUGCCACAGCUGAUGCUAGGGAAAAUUCCAAUGGCGUAUCCAGGGAAGUAGCUGGAGUGGACAUGCGGUCCUGUGCACAGUCUCAGGCUAUGGCCAAGAUCCAGGAUGAUGACACCCUUGGUGCUGGGAUUGAAGACAAGGGAAAUCUCAAAACCCUAUCCAGGGGAGGGGCUGGGGCAGACGCAAGGGCUUGUGCUCAGCCUCAAAUUGUUGCCAAGGCCCAGGCUGAGGUCUUGCCUGAGGCAAGGAUUGAUGCUGGGAGUAAGACCAAUGUGACAUGGAAGGCAGGCGCAGGGGCAGAUAUGAGAGCUUGUGUACAACCUCAGACUGUGUUCAAGAAACACGCUGAGGUGGGGAUUGGCUCCAGGGUUGAUGACAAGGGAAACAGCAGUGUUGAAUCUAAGGCCAUGCCUGGAGCUGACGUGAGGGCUACUGCUCAGCCUCAAGCUAUAGCCAGUGCCCUGGCUGAGGCUGUGCCUGAUGCCAAGGCUAAGAGUAGAAGUAACCCAAAUGCCAGUGCUAAAGCAGGGGCCAAGACCAACGUGAAGGCCAAUUCCCAAACUGAGGCCUUGCCUGAUGCCAAGGAUAAGAAUAGAGCUAAUGCCAAUGUCAUGGAUAAGGCAGGGGCUGCGCCAGUCAUGGUAUCUUGUACACAGCCUCAAUCUGUGACCAAUGUCAGCACCAUGUCUAAGGAAGGCACUCAGACUACAACUCCGAACCAGGGUGAAGCCUUACCCAGUACUAGAGGUAAAGGCAGUAGAGGAAAAGCCAAAACCAAAACCAAAUGUAAGGCAGGGAUUGAGACAGACGUGAAAAACUGUGCACAGCCUCAGGCUGGGAUCAAGACCCAAGCUGAGGCCUUGCCUGACUCCAAGGUUGAUGGUAGAGGGGAUUCUAAUGGCAUUUCUAAAGCAGGGGCCAAGGCAGACCAGAGGGCGUGCAGUCAGUCUCAGGCUGUGGCCAAUUCCCAGGGUGAAGCUUUGCUUGGUGCCAAGAAUAGAGUCAGGGGCAACCCCAAUGCUGUGCCUAAGGCAGGGACGGAGGAAGGUAUAACAGGCUCUGCCCAGCCUCAGUCAGUGAGCAGUUCCCAGGGUGAGCCCUUGCCUGGUUCUAAGAAUAAGGUCAAGGAAAAUUCCAGUGUUAUGUCUAAGGCAGGGCCAGGGGCAGAUGCCACAGGUUCUGCCCAGCUGCAGGUUGUGGCUAAUUCCCAGGGUGAGGCCUCACUUGGCGCCAGGAGUAAGGUCAAGGGCAAUGUCAAUCUCAAUGCUAUGUCUAAGGUGGAGACUGGGGCAAGUAUAGUGGGCUCUGCUCAGCCACAGGCUGUGGCCAGUUCCCAGAGUGAGAUCUUGCCUGGUGCCAGGAAUAAGUUCAAAGGCAAUCCCAAUGCUGUGCCUAAGGCAGAGGCUGGGGUGGGUACAAUGGGUUUUGCCCAGCCCCAGGUUGUGCUUCAUUCCCAAGGUGAGACCUUGCCUGGUGCCAGGAGCAAGGUCAGGGGCAAUUCCAGUGCUGUGUCUAACACAGGGGCUGGGCUAGAUGCAGUGGGCUCUGCUCAGCCUCAGGCUGUGGCCAGUUCCCAGAAUGAGGCUUUGCCUACUGUCAAGAAUAAAGUCAGGAGCAACCGCAAUGCUGUACCUAAGGCAGGGGCUAGGCCAGAUACCAUGGGCUCCGCCCAGCCUCAGGCUACAGCUAAUUCCCAGGGUAAGGCCUUACCUAGUGCCAAGAAUAAGGUUAAAGAUAAUCCCAAUUCUGUGUCCAAGGCAGAGGCUGGAAAAAGUACUACAAGCUCUGCUCAGCCUCAGGUUGCAGCCGGUUCUCAAGGUGAAGCCUUGGCUGGUGCCAGGAGUAAGGUCAAGAGCAACCCUAUGUCUAAGGCAGAGGCUGGGGCAGGGACAACCGGCUUUUCCCAGUCCCAGGUCAUGACCAAUAUCCAGAGUGAGGCCUUGCCUGGUGCCAGAAGUAAGGUCAGGGGCAAUCCCAGUGCUGUGCCUAAGUCUGAGCCUGGGGCAGACACAAUAGGCCCUGCCCAGCUCCAUGUUGUGGUCAGUUCCAAGAGUGAGAACCUGCUUGGUGCCAGGAAUAAGGUCAGGGGCAAUCCCAAUGCUGUGCCUAAGGCAGAGGCUGGGGCAGGUACAGCAGGUUCUGCCCAGACCCAAACUGUGGCUAAUUCUCAGGGUGAGUCCUUGCUUGGUGCCAGGAAUAAGAUCAGGAGUAAUUCCAAUGCUGCACCUAAAGCAGGGGCCAGGGCAGGUACAAGGGGCUCUGCUCAGUUCCAGGCUAUGGCCAGUUCCCAGGAUGAGGCCAUGCUUGGGGCAAGAGACAAGACUAUGGCCAGUUCUGGGGCAGAAGUCACAGCAGCUGAUGAGCUUCAUGCGAAACCCCAAGUGGAGGCUGUAGCUACUUCUGAGAGUGAGGGUGGGGCAGGCGCUCAGGCCUGCAGGAAGACUCAGCCUAGCGUUCACGACUACUAUUGGAAUGGGAUUGGUGUCGAGGAUUGGAUUGCUGCUGAGCGGUGGAUCAAGUUUAGGUUUCAGGCCAUGGAUGGAGACUGGGAGAAUAGUGUGUCCUGGGCUGACGAUGAGAAUGAAGCCAGGAUUGGGUCCUGGAGUGGGGCUAGUGAUAAGGCCGGCAUUAUUAGGUCCUGGGCCGUGGCUUGUGAUGAAGCUAGUGUUAAGUCCUGGGCUGGGGCUAGGGCUGAAAAUGAAGUCAGUGUUGGGUCCUGGGCGGGAGCUGGGGACCAGGCCAGUGGAGGGCUCUGGGUUGCAAGUCAGGCUAGUGAGGGGUCCUGGGCUGGGGUUGAGAACCAGGCCAGUGGGGGCACUUGGGUUGUCUCUGGGAACCAGGCCGUUGCAGGGUCCUGGGCUGUGGGUCAGGCCAGUGAGGCAUCUUGGGCUGGGUGCCAGGCUACAGGGGUGUCCUGGGCUGGGGAAGUGGCCAUUGGAGGAUCCUGGACUGGGGUCGAGAACCAGGCCAGUGGAGGGACCUGGGCUGGGGCUAGCACUGGGAAUAUGGUUAGCGUUGGAUACUGGGCUGGGGCUGUGGACCAAUCUAGUGGAGGGUCCUGGGUUGGGACUGGGGAUCAGUCUGUUGCAGGGGCCAAGCCCAUGUUUGAGGAUCAGGCCAGUGAAAAAGGUCCCUGGGCUGUGGUUGGUGGCCAGGCCAGUGGAGGGUCCAGGUUGGGGCCUGUAGACCAGACCAGUAGUGUGUCCUGGCCUGACACUGGGAACCAGGCUGGCGGAGGGGCCUGGGCUGAGACUAGUGAGCAGUCUGGUGCCGAAUCUAAGCCUGGAUUUGAGAAUCAGGCCAGUGAAGAAGGUUCUUGGUCUGGGGCUGGUGGCCAGGCUACUGGAGGGUCUAAGUCGGGACCAGAGGAUCAGUCCAGUGGAAAGUCCUGGGCAAACUCUGGGGACCAAAUCAGUGGAGGGUUCUUGGCUGCGGCUGUAGACCAGGCCACUGGAGGGUCCCAGGCUGGGACUGAGGAUUUGGCUGCUGGUGGGGCACAGCCUGUGUUUGAGGAUCAGGCCAAUGGAGGAGGAUCCUGGCCUGAUGCUAGAGACCAGACUGGUGUAGAAUCUAGGCUUGGUCCCAACCCAGUGGACCAGCCCACUGGAAAUUCCUGGGCUGGCACUGGGGACCAGGCCAGUGGAUGGUUCUGUGCUUACACUGGGAGUCAGACCAAUGGAGGAGGGCCCUGGGGUGAGGCUGCUGGCCAGGAUGCUGGAGGAUCUAGGCUGGGGCCCACAAACCAGUCUAGUGGUGGGUCCUGGGCUGGUAUUGGGGGUCAAGUCAGUGGAGGAUCCUGGACUGGGAAUCAGGCUGGUGGCUGUUCCAAAUCUGAAUUUGAGGAUCAGGCCAUUGCCGUAGGGUUCUGGGCUGGUACUGGGAAUCAGGCUGGCGGAGGGUCCAGGCCAGGGCCUGAGGAUCAGUCCAGUGGAGGAGAUCCCUGGGCCGGGGCUGGUGGCCAGGUCAUUGGAGGGUCUAGGCCAGGGCCUGCAGAUCAGUCGAAUGGUGGAUUCUGGGUUGGUACUGGGGAUCAGAUCAGUGGAACAUCUUGGGCUGGGACUGGGGCCCAGGCCAAUGGAGAAUCCUGGGCUGGAUCUAGGCCCGAGAAUGAGACCAGUGUAGAGUCUAGGCUAGGAACUGAGGAGCAGGCCAGUGGAGGGUCCUGGAACAGAUCUCAGGACCAGACGAGUGGAAGGUUCCUGGUCAGUGCUGAGGUGGAGGCCAAUGAAGGAUUCUGGUUUGGGCCCGGGAGUGAGGCUCUUAUAGGAACUUGGUGCUGGACAGGAGAAGGGGCUAUUAUUGUGCCUAGAUCUGAUAUUAAGGAUGGGGCCAGUUCUGAAUCUAGAUCAGGCACUGGGGAAGAGGCCAUUACCAGUUCUAGGUUUGACACUGAGAAUAAGGCCAGUCUUGGGUCCUGGAUCGGAUCUGAGGGGGCAGCUUUUAUCAGUUCCCGUGUGGAGGCUGAGGCCGGAGUUGAGCCUGCAUCUGUGGCUGCAGCCGGAGUUGAGGCUGCGUCUGCAGCUGCGGCUGCAGCUGGGGCUGAGGCUGAGGCUGGGGCUGUACCCGGACCUGUGGCUGAGGCUGUGUCCGUAACUGUAGCUCCUGCUCUGACUGAAGCUGUGUCUGCAACUCCAGCUGAGGCUGUGGUUGGGGUUGGAGCUGAGGCUGCAGCUGCAGCUGUGGUUGCAGCUCCGGCUGUGGCUGCGGCUCCUGUCGUGGCUGUGGCUGUGGCUCCGGCUGUGGCUGAGGCUCCAGCUAUAGCUGCAGGCCCGGUUGUGGCGGUAGCUCCGGUUGUGGCAAUGGCUCCAGCUGUAGCUGUGGCUCCAGUUGUGGCUGCGGCUCCAACUAUAGCUGCGGCUCCAGUUGUGGCCGUGGCUCCAGCUGUGGCUGCAGCUCCAGCUGUGGCUGUGGCUCCAGCUGUGGCUGUGGCUGUGGCUCCGGCUGUGCCUGCGGCUCCAGCUGUGGCUCCGGCUCCAGCUGUGGCUCCGGCUGUGGCUGUGGCUCCGGCUGUGGCUGCGACUCCAGUUGUGGCUCCGGCUCUGGCUCCGGCUCCGGCUGUGGCUGUGGCUCCAGCUGUGGCUCCAGCUCCGGCUGUGGCUGUGGCUCCAGCUGUGGCUGCGGUGCCAGCUAUAGCUGUGGCUCCAGUUGUGCCUGCAACUCCAGUUGGGGCUGCAGCUGAGGUUGGGACUGAGGCUGCGGCUGCAGCUGAGGUUGGGGCUGAAGCUGUGGCUGCAGCUGGGGCUGAGGCCGUGGCGGUGGCUGGGUUUGGGCCUGUUAUCUCAGAAGUAUCUGGGCCUGGGGCUGGAGCUGCAGCUGGGGCUGGGGCUGGGGCUCAGGCUGGGGCUGCAGCUGGAGUUGGGGUUAGAGCUGAGGCUGGAGCUGUGGCUGGGGCUGCUGGGGUUGGGGCUAGGGCUGAGGCUGGAGCUGGGGCUGGGGCUGGGGCUGGGGUUGGGGCUAGGGCUGUGGCUGGGGCUCUGUCUGGGGCUGCAGCUGGGGUUGGGGCUAGGGCUGAGGCUGGAGCUGGGGCUGGAGCAGAGGCCAGGAUAUGGUCUUGGUCUUGGGAUAGAGAUGUAACCACUAAAAGGUCUAGCCUUGGGGCUGGGGAAGAGACUGGCACAGGGUCCUGGACUUGGGCUAGGCAUUUAGAUGAAGAUGAGCUAAGUGGAUCUUCCAGCCCUGAUAUUGAGGAGAUCAGUUUAAGGUCUUUGUUUUGGGCUGAGAGUGAGAACAGUAAUGAGUGCAGAUCCAAGAGUGAGAAAGAUGUUGAUUUUGAGUCUGCAAUUGAGGCUAAGGCCAUCGUUGAUGACAAGUUUGAAGUUGCUGACGGUGUUGAUAUAAGGUCUUGGUUCUGUACUGGUGAUGAAACUGGAAGUGAGGACAAAUCCACAUCUAAGGCUAAAGCCAAAAAGUCAGCUGAGUCAAGAGGCACGUAUCCAUCCAUGGUCCCUGGGGCAGGAAUGGGGUCAUGGGAUGGAGCUGUGAUCUGGUCGGAAAUGAAAUUUUCACACCAAUACGAGGCCAGCCUCCUAGCUGAAGAUGAGUUCAGAAAGCAGAGCAAGCCUGGGGAGAAAAUUCGGCCCUGGUCCUGCCGCUGUAAACGUGAAGCUAAUAUGGAUCCACGAGACCUUGAAAAACUCAUUUGCAUGAUUGAGAUGACCGAAGACCCUUCCGUCCAUGAAAUAGCCAAUAAUGCUCUGUAUAACAGUGCCGAUUAUCCAUAUUCCCAUGAAGUUGUUCGUAAUGUUGGUGGAAUCUCAGUUAUUGAAGGCUUGCUCAAUAAUCCAUACCCCAGUGUUAGGCAGAAGGCUUUAAAUGCAUUGAAUAAUAUCUCAGUGGCUGCUGAAAACCAUAGGAAAGUUAAAACGUACUUAAACCAAGUAUGUGAAGACACAGUCACCUAUCCCUUGAACUCAAACGUGCAGCUGGCUGGACUAAGACUGAUAAGGCACCUGACUAUUACUAGUGAAUAUCAGCAUAUGGUUACAAAUUAUAUUUCAGAAUUUCUUCGUUUGUUAACUGUGGGAAGUGGAGAAACUAAAGACCAUGUUUUGGGAAUGCUUGUGAACUUCUCUAAAAAUCCAUCUAUGACAAAAGACUUGCUCAUUGCUAAUGCACCAACAGCACUGAUUAACAUUUUUAGCAAGAAAGAGACAAAAGAGAAUAUCCUUAAUGCUCUUUCAUUAUUUGAAAAUAUAAAUUACCAUUUUAAAAGAAGGUCAAAAGUGUUUACUCAAGACAAAUUCAGUAAAAAUUCCCUUUAUUUCCUAUUCCAACGACCCAAAGCAUGUGCCAAGAAGCUUCGACUUUUAGCGGCAGAAUGCAAUGACCCUGAGGUGAAAGAAAGAGUUGAAAUAUUGAUAAGUAAACUCUGAUUGGCUUUGUGUCCUCAAAUUUGAAUGAUAUUUUGGUUUUACAGCCAGAAAUGAUGCACAUUGUAAACUGCAUUAUAACUUCAAAACUGAUGUUACCUAUGAUGGUCUAUAGCCAGACCAUUUUAAUGAACUCCAAAUGAAUUCAAACUUGUACUGAAAAUACAUGUGUUGAUUUUUAUCUUGUCUGGAUUGAGAUAUUUUUAGUAUGCUUCAUGAGCAGAACUGAUCUGAUUCUUUAUAAAUAAGGUAAUCUUUGGUCCUUUGUGUGGACUUAUGUUUAUACAUUUGAGAUUUUAUUUUUAUGUCAUCAAUAAAGUUGUGUGUUUUAAGCAGCAGAAAAACAGA